AUGAUUGCAAUUAUGAUAAUCUAUCCGGCGAUGAUCGCACUUGAUUUACGACGACGUCGUGUUAAUAAACGAGAUUUAGGUUGUUGUUGUAUGGGACGAAGUUCUGUGGAUGCCAAAAAGCUUAGGGUGGAAACGUUAGAAUUAAAUAUGGGAAAACGAGUGAUAGGAAGUUUACUGACAGCUAAUCACAUCUAUCCUGGUCCACCACCUUCUUUAUUGCUAAAGAAUGAUGAUGACAAAAAGAAGAAAUGGUAUACGUUAAGUGGAUUUUUGCAGUAUUAUUACAUCCCUUUCUUGACUAUACCUCUUACAAAGUUGAUGGUAAUUGUAAUGUGCACAUCAAUGUUAUUAAUUAGCUGUCUUGGCCUUUAUCAAUCAAGUCUUGGAUUGGAACUAUCUGAUGUUUUACCGGAAGGAACAGCUCCAGCUGCAUUUUUGAGAGCAAGAGAGAAGUAUUUUAGUUUUUAUCCGAUGUCUGCUAUUUUAAAAGGCAAUAAAAUCAAUUUUCCGGAACAGCAAGAACAAAUCGAGCAGUAUCGCCUGGACAUCGCAAAAUCAAAUUACGUGAUCAAAGUGAACGGCCGGCCAAGUGAAGAGUAUUGGAUGUCACUUAUGAGAACGUGGUUGAGUUCACUUCAAAAGCACUUAGAUAAUGCUAUCAAAAAAGGUGAUGUAAAUGCAAUUACUGGUGAAUUGAAGGUUGACAGUAAAAUUACCGAUGAAACAAAAAUUGCACGACUUCUCGUUUGUUCAUACGGAGAUAAUUAUAAUUGCACAGGAAGAAUUAGCACUAUAAAAUUGGUGAAUGAUGCUGGUUUGAUUAAUGCCGACGGCUUUUACAAUUAUUUAACCGCAUGGUACAAUCUUGAUAACAUGAUGUAUUAUGU